UCCGGCACUACUUAUCUACAAGCCCGCGUCCUCGUCUUUCUUCUCUUUCAAUCUUCAAACUACCCGAAUCAUCCAACACUAUCACCCUACCUGUCUUCUCCACACAAUUCUCAUCAUGUCUUCAGGAAAAACCGUCACAUUGAACACUGGACACAAGAUCCCGCAAUUGGGAUACGGCACAUGGCAGGCCAAUCCAGGCGAGGUUGGCAACGGUGUAUAUGAAGCACUCAAGAUUGGUUAUAAACAUUUGGAUCUCGCAAAAAUCUACGAGAACCAGAAGGAGGUUGCAGAAGGCAUCAAGCGAGCAUUGGCCGACAUUCCUGGCCUCAAGCGUGAAGACAUUUUCAUCACUUCCAAGCUUUGGAACACACAACAUGACCCCGCUCAUGUCGAGGCUGCUCUCGACGAUACUCUCAAGGAGCUCGAUCUCGAAUAUCUCGACCUCUACCUCAUCCACUGGCCUGUCAGCUUUGGCCCUGGCUCUGACCCACACUCAGACUUGUUCCCCAAGACCUCGGAUCCCAACGAAGUUAAUAUCGAUAGCUCUGUUCCCAAUAGCGAGACAUGGAAGGCGAUGAGCAAGCUCCCCAAGAGCAAGGUCCGCUCUGUCGGAGUGUCCAACUUCACCUACCAGUCCCUCAAGGAGCUGGUUGACAAGACCGGUAUUGUACCCGCUGCGAAUCAAAUCGAGCGUCACCCCCUUCUUCCGAGCAAAGAGCUCAUCGACUACUGCAAGGAGAAGAACAUUCACAUCACCGCCUACUCCGCCUUCGGCAACAACUUCUUCGACCUGCCCCUCAUCAUCGCUCGUCCUGAAGUCAAGGCCAUCGCAGAGAAGAAGGGCGUUACUCCUGCGCAGGUCGUUCUCGCAUGGAGCCAAGUCGGCGGACACUCUGUCAUCCCCAAGUCUGUUACUCCUUCGCGCAUUGCAGAGAACUUCAAGGAGAUCGAGCUGGACGACGAAGACUUGAAGGCUAUUCAGAAGUACUCUGAUGAGCACCAAGGCAGGAGAAGGUUCAAUGUGCCUUAUACCGCCAACAAGCCCCGCUGGAGCAUCAACAUCUUCAACGAGCCUGAGGAGAAGGAGUUGAGCACCACCAUUGUGAUUUAA